CAACCAGACAUCGCUAGGAUUGUUAUUAAGAAGCUGAAUGUACAGUUUCGAAGGUCUAGCACCUGAAUCGCGCGAGAAGCAGUCUGGUCAAGUCGAAAGAAAGUGAAACUGAAAUGAACUACGUGCGUUUAACGGACUAAUUUAUUUUAUCGAAAAUUUUCACUAAUUUCAAUGGGAAAAUUCAAGUUUCCUUGCUGCCGUCCCUGCGGUAGUUGUUUUCGUGCUAGUUGGAGCCCCAACGAUGAUAUUGGAUUGCAGCCACUCCCGAAACCCAAAGAAGCAGAUGUCUCAGAAGGUGUCUCCGUAGAUGAACCGGAUAUUUUAAUAAUCAGGGAGAUUGACCCCUGCAUCGCUAUAAACGGACCUUUUCAUCACACUAUGCGGUAUGACCUAAUGCAACGAGAUUUACGGCCUCAAUUAGUAAUCAGGAGAGGUCAAACCUUUCAACUGGACAUCAAAUUGAGUCGCCCCUAUAACGAAGAAAAAGAUGGGAUUUCGUUUAUAUUCACUGUAGAAGAUGAAGAAAAACCCACCCACGGCAAUGGCACAAUGGUAGCAGUACCGCUGCUGAACAAAACGGACAAAUAUCUGCCAUGGAAUGCUACCCUGGAAAAAACAAAUGACACCUCUAUCACUGUCCAAGUGACAGUACCUCCAGACGCCAUAGUGGCAAAAUGGCGUUUAGAAGUUGACACUAAAAUCAUUGACGACGGUGCCUAUAGUUAUUCUUGGGAAACUGGCAUAUACAUCCUGUUCAAUCCUUGGUGUAAACAAGAUCAAGUCUACGUGAAAUCUGAAGAAUGGAGAGACGAAUCCGUGUUGAACGACGUUGGUCUAAUUUGGAGGGGUACUUAUAAUAGAUUGAAGCCGGUUAUAUGGAAAUACGACCAGUUCGAGAAAGAUAUUCUGGAUUGUUCCAUGUACUUGGUCAGCGUAGUUGGAAAGGUCAAGAGCAAUUACAGGUCGGAUCCAGUUAAAACUUCGAGGGCUCUUGCUGCAGCUGUUAAUGCAGCAGAUGAUUAUGGGGCAAUCAUGGGAAACUGGUCGACCGACCAUAGUGGUGGAACGCCGCCUACCAAAUGGUUGGGAAGCAAGGAAAUUUUGCAAAAGUUUUACAAAAAGAGAAAGCCUGUCAAGUACGGACAGUGUUGGGUUUUUUCUGGAGUUCUUACGACGAUAUGCCGAGCUCUGGGAAUCCCCUCCAGGACAGUCACCAAUUAUUCCUCGGCGCACGAUACGCAGAACUCCCUGACGGUGGACUACUUCAUGGACGAAACGGGUGCCAUCAUGGAGGAACUCAACUCGGAUUCCAUCUGGAACUUCCACGUCUGGAACGAGGUGUGGAUGGACAGACCUGACCUCGGGAGUCACUACGGAGGUUGGCAAGCCAUAGACGCUACUCCGCAGGAGUUGAGCGAAGAGGAAUACAAAUGCGGGCCAGCUUCGGUAGCUGCUGUGAAACAAGGAGAAGUGCUCAGGCCGUACGAUAAUAAUUUUCUGUUUUCGGAAGUUAAUGCAGAUAAGAUCUUUUGGAGGUACGCCGGUCCAACCCAGCCCCUCAAACUCCUCCGCAAAGAUACCCAAGCCAUCGGAAAACUGAUUUGCACCAAAGCCCCCGGAGCAUUCGAGAGGGAAGACAUAACCUACACUUACAAACACAAAGAGAAAACCCCCGAAGAGCGAACCACAAUGCUGAGAGCGUUGCGUCAAUCGGAGAAUCUCUUCUCGCGGUAUUACCUCAACGAAGACUUCAACGACAUCAAGUUCAACUUCAAACUCAUCGACGACAUCAAGAUAGGCCAGCCUUUCAGCGUCUGUCUCGAGAUGAAGAACAGGUGCAAGACGAAGGCUUAUCAAAUAGGGGUUAUUUUGCGAGUAGAAGUAGUGACGUAUACUGGCAAGGUUGGCAGCAACGUGAAGAACGAGAAUUUCUCGGUGACUGUCCAGCCAGAAGCUGUCCAAGAAGUGAAGUCGGAACUAACUUACGAUGACUACGGAAAGAGGCUCAUAGACCAAUGCGCUUUCAACGUGUCUUGCUUGGCAAAGAUCGAGGACACCAACUUCGAGUACUUCGCCCAGGAUGACUUCAGGAUAAGACUGCCGGAUAUCAAAAUAGCCCUGAAAGGGACCCCUGUGGAAGACACAGAGAUCGCUGCUGAUAUUUCUGUUGAGAACCCUCUUCCAGUAGCUCUGAAGAAGGGCGUCUUUACCGUUGAAGGCCCGGGAAUUGAGGGGAAGUUGAAGGUCAAGGUGAAGGAUACUGUACCUCCGGGUGGGGUGGCUAGAGGGGAGUUUAAAUUUACUCCCCCUCGUACUGGGAGGCAUACGAUUGCGGCAAAGUUCGUUUCGAAGCAGGUG